UGCUUUCGCUUUGCAUGACACGUCAUCAAACUGCGACACCAAGGAACAAGCGCCACAUUUCUGUUGCGCCAAAUAAUUGUGGCAUUUUUAAGGCAUAUACCGGGAUAUAGCCAUAUAUGAAAAAUCAGAGGGCCUCCACCUGGAAUAACGUCGAUGCACAAUGAGCCUGUUUGGAACAACCGCCGGGUUUGGAGCAGGGGGGACUGGUGUCUUUGGUAACGCGACCACAGACAGCCACAAUCCCAUGAAGGUAAGCCAGGAUGUUGAAGUGACUUCACCUCCAGAUGACAGCAUCAGCUGUCUUGCUUUCAGUCCCCCCACCAUGCCAGGGAACUUCCUCAUUGGAGGAUCCUGGGCAAAUGAUGUGCGGUGCUGGGAGGUGCAAGACAAUGGACAGACUGUCCCUAAAGCCCAACAGAUGCACACAGGUCCAGUGCUGGAUGUAUGCUGGAGUGAUGAUGGGAGUAAAGUCUUCACUGCUUCCUGUGACAAAACAGCCAAGAUGUGGGAUCUUAACAGCAAUCAAGCAAUGCAGAUUGCACAGCAUGAAGGUCCAAUCAAAUCAAUUCACUGGAUAAAAGCCCCAAACUACAGCUGUAUCAUGACUGGUAGCUGGGACAAAACACUGAAGUUCUGGGAUACCCGCUCUCCCAAUCCCAUGAUGUCUCUGCAGAUGCCGGAGAGAUCUUACUGUGCAGACGUUGUAUACCCCAUGGCCGUGGUUGCAACAGCUGACAGAGGCCUGAUAGUGUACCAGUUGGAAAACCAGCCCUCUGAGUUCCGCAGAAUAGACUCUCCUCUCAAACAUCAGCACCGCUGUGUUGCCAUAUUCAAGGACAAGCAGAACAAGCCAACAGGCUUUGCACUGGGAAGCAUUGAGGGCCGGGUGGCCAUCCACUACAUCAACCCUCCAAACCCAGCCAAAGACAACUUCACCUUUAAGUGCCACAGGUCCAAUGGAACGAACACAGCCACUCCUCAAGACAUCUAUGCUGUGAAUGCCAUUUCCUUCCAUCCUGUCCAUGGCACACUGGCUACUGUGGGAUCAGAUGGGCGCUUCAGCUUCUGGGACAAAGAUGCCCGCACCAAGUUGAAGACCUCAGAGCAGCUCGAUCAGCCUAUUACAGCUUGCUGCUUCAACCACAAUGGCAACAUCUUUGCAUAUGCUUCUAGUUAUGACUGGUCGAAGGGUCAUGAGUACUACAACCCCCAGAAAAAGAACUACAUCUUCCUGAGGAACGCUGCAGAGGAGCUGAAGCCUCGGAACAAGAAAUGAUUCAUCGUGCCAUGUCGCAUCUCUUGGGGGGAAAUGCAAGGACCUGCUGCUUUAGUGUGUGUAUACGCUCGAGACUGACUCCUUCCUUUGGGCAAACACCUGGACCAAUGCCGCGCUGCUGCGUUUUGUGCAUGGACCAAUCAGAGGGGCCUGCCAAACCUGGUGUUGAUGACAGCUGCGUGACAAUUGGUCUUAGAUGUCAUCGUAGAAGGGCAGGGCUUUCUUUUUCAUUCAUCUUGAUAUUUCUUUGUUUUUUAAAUGUGUCCACUUCCUUUUUUUUUUUACAGCUUUCCAAAGACUUUUGAUUCUCUUAUGAUACUGUCACUCUGUGGUUUAGGUCAAUAAAUAAAACUGGGAUGUAAAAUAAACACAAAGUGCAUACUGUUAGAAUUCAACAUGUUUAUUCCAACUUGAGGGGGUAAGUAAGUGAAGAGAGAACCUCUUGUGUUUGCUGUAUAAAUAUUCAGGAUUUGUUGAUCUGUAUUAUGCAUGCAAACAAUGAACUUAACCACUCUCAUAUUCCAGCUGUAAACUCAUGUGAGUCUCUGACAUGUGAAUCAUCAAAAAUCUAAAUGAUAAACUUCACAUAACAUCUGUGUCAUAAUGUCCCUGUCUGUCUGCUUGAUUUAAUGAAAGUCAACCAGCAGGUGGAGCAUUUGUUCUUCUGUGUUAUCGUUCCAGGAGACAAAUCCUAAAGUCAGAAUGCUGAGCAGGAACAAAUGAGAUCAAAGCAGGACAGUGGGGCUCUUCGUGUCACUCCUUUUGACAGGGACACAGCUGGAAAUGGGGGAUUUAUCAAGAGGAUAUGAAUGAGCUAACAUGGGCUGCCACAAAAGGCCAUGUGUGAAAUGUGAACCAGUUCAUAGAGGAAGAGGUGUGAAUUAAAACCCUUUUUAUUGAGGUCAUUAGAGUAUCACCUCACUGCUAGCCUGACCCUUGAUACUUAGCAGUGGAACUCCAAGGCACCGGGGGGGGGGGAAGGUAAUGCUGCAGCCAGAGUCUGCGGCUCCUCUCAGCUUUCAUGUGUUGAAACUGGUAGCGGUCCUUUAACACAGUCUCCUGUACUGCUCUGUAAAACUGUAACCAGUGCAUUUCCUUUUACAAAGACUCCCUCAGGUUGACUAAACUUGUGAUCAUAAAUAA